UUUAUGUAGGACCUCUAUUCUUAUCGGCAAUGUGUUAUUUUGACAAUGUGGGUAUGGAUAUCUUUUCGUUUCAGUUUCAUCUGGCAGAAGGUAUCGUUAUAUCUGCAAAUCAAGCAGCAAAAAUCCUAAACAACAAGAAGGCAACACUUGUGUGCAAAGACACCGUCCAAGCAAUAUGGGGCACGGAUGUCCUUGUGAACCGAAGUGUGAGUGGCGUUGCUGCCCCCAAGCUCAGAGCAGCUGGGGAGUUGCCGAAGCAGCCACUUACACCCACGAAAUUGAACGUCGUGACAGCCACAGUCCGCUACUGGGGCCAGUUAAAGGGCGAAGAUGUGACCACAGCUGUGGCCUCCAUUACCAAGCUUCUCUCCGAGAAGAUACAAGACGUGAGGAAAUCGAGCAAGCGACUGGCGCUAGCCAAAGAAAAUCAUAGCAUGUGAAUAAAUACUUAUAAACUGG